AUGGUUCCUGGCCUGCAGCAUGGUUCCUGGCCUGCAGCAUGGUUCCUGGCCUGCAGCAUGGUUCCUGGCCUGCAGCAUGGUUCCUGGCCUGCAGCAUGGUUCCUGGCCUGUAGCAUGGUUCCUGGCCUGCAGCAUGGUUCCUGGCCUGCAGCAUGGUUCCUGGCCUGCAGCAUGGUUCCUGGCCUGUAG